AUGUCUGACGACGAAGGUGGAAGGAAGACGGGUUACCGCCUGGAGUACUCUUCUAGCAGCAAGGCAAAGUGUAAUGGACCCAAGCCAUGUAAGGGUACUAAAAUCGAGAAAGAGGAGCUUCGCUUCGGAACUCUUGUUGAUAUCAAAGGGAACACGUCAUUCUCCUGGCGUCACUGGGGCUGUGUAACACGCCAAAUUAUUGUAAACGCGAAAAAGUCAUUCGACGACGCGGAAGACUUGGACGGGUUUGAAGAAUUAACAGAGGAAGAUCAGGAAAAGAUUCGCAAAGCUUGGGCAGAGGGACAGGUCGCCGACGAGGAUAUCCCAGAUUCUGCACGCAAACCUGAAGGGGAGGACGCAGAAGAUGACGAAGAUGAGGGAAGACCAAAGAAAAAGAAAGCGAGCGCAAAAGCAAAGAAGGAUGCGGAGGAUGACUCUCCCAAGAAGGGCGUCUUCAAACUCGAAUACGCCUCAUCCGGCCGCGCCAAGUGCAAGACUUGUGGAGCGAGUGUCGGUAAAGACUUCUUCAGGCUCGGAAACGAGGUUGACUUUCGUGGUAACAAGUCCCUUGCUUGGCGACAUUGGGGCUGCGCAGAUGCUAAGUCAAUUGCUAGUAUGAAAUUGUCGUACAGCGAACCCUCUGAGAUCGAAGGUUUCAAUAUUCUGAAGUCCGCUGAGCAGGAGAAGGUGCAGCGAGCUUGGGAUAAUGGCGCAAUCCCUGAGGAAGACCGCGGACCCGGUGAGGCGGUGGAUACCGGCAAGAAAGCGCCAGUAAAAAGAAAGAAGAAGGAUGAGGACGGCAACGCGGAUGAGAAGCCAAAGAAGACUCGCGGAAGGAAGCCAAAGCCAAAAGAUGAAGAUGAAGAGGAUGAGGAAGAGGAGGAGAAACCUAAGCGGAAGCGUGCUCCGACCGCGAAGAAGGAUGUAACUGAAAAGAAGGCUAAAGGCCCUGCUAGGAAGCGGGUGCCCAAGAAGAACGAAGACGAGGAGUCCGGUGAGGAUUUUGGCGACGACAUGGCCGCUGUUAGCGGUGACGAGGACGAGGAUGAGGAGAUGCAAGAGGAGCCUGCCACCAAAAAGCGGAAGCGUGCACCUACCUCGAAGGCAUCUUCAAAACCUGUGUCUAAGCGAGCCAAGCCUGCGUCGAGCCGUAGCAAGAAGAGGGAAGAAAUUGCUGAGGAAUCCGAGCUCGAGGAGGACGAUUAA